AUUUCUGGACAUCCAACGUCAAAUGGAUGAAUACAUAGAUAAUCAUAAUCAAAUGAUCAAUAUGGAAUAAAUAAAAGUGAGUUGGAAUGUACAUGUUUUAAUUAGUUUAAUUUAAGAAGGCAAGUCAGUUAAUAACAAGUUCUUAAUUACAAUUAUGUCCUACUGGGGAACAGUGGUUUAACUGCCUUGUUCAGCGGCAGAAGGACAUAUUUUUAACUUGCCAGCUUGGGGAUUCGAUCCAGGAACCUUUCGGUUACUGGCCCAACCACUAGGCCACCCCAAAUAAAUGUAUCAAUAUAGUUUGCUAAAGGCAUACAUCAGUUAUACAACAAUUAAUAUGGUUCUGGAAAGUAAGCCUACACUACAAAAAAAACAGAAUAACCGGAUUGAUGCAGAUAAUUCACCAAAGUAAAACAACAUCAUUUUGAGAUCGAUAAGGAUAUUCUUUAUAAUAUAGAUAUUGUCCUUUCCCCUUUAAGAGAACCAUUCAUCCAUGCCCCUCCUUGUAAGGACAUGUUUACUUUUCCGUGCGGAUAUGUUUCUUCCUGGUUCCAUUAAAUAGUAAACUCUCCUUUAAUUUGGAUAUCAGAGUGGAGCAACUUUUGCCAACGCGAAUGAUUAAAAAAUAGCUGUCUAUCGAAGCUGACUGCGUGUGAGGGAGAAGCGUCCAAAUACAAAAUAAGUAGGCAUUUUGUCGGAAGCAGAUUUGUGAUUACAUCCUCGCCACCCACCACGCCCACCCUCCCACAUAUUUGAGGAACCCCCCCUGCCCGCGUCUCGCAAGGCGCUUGUGAAGAACCUGCGAACCGAGCCGUGUUUUUUCUAUGGCUCUGCUGACCCUGCACCGGCCCCCGUCCAUCUCCACGGCUCCGGAUGAAAGCAUUCCAAGAAGAGGGAGACUUCAGAAAAGGGAGAGCUUUGCUCUGGUCAAGGGGGCCGUCCUUCUCUUGGAAGGAGAGAGGGAGGAGCCUCAUGAAGAGACAUCACCCAAUCACUUUCCUUCACCCCUGAAGCUGGGGGGCGGAGCUUCAGACACACAACACAGACAUCUGCAUGCCAUGGUGUCAUUACUGAGACCAGAGGACACUAUCAAACUGGCGGUGAGGUUGGAGUCAGUGAGUCCAGUCAGAGUGAGGUAUCUGAUCGUGGUCUCCACCCUCGGUAACAAACAGGAGAGCAUUCUCCUGGGCAUGGACUUCCCCGACACAGACAGUGAUCAGUGUACUAUCGGUAUGGUUGUGCCCAUAUGGAGUGCCACACAAGUGUACCUGGACGGAGAUGGGUCUCCAGAGAUGUUCGAUCGGGUUCAUGUCCGGGCUCUGGCUGGGCCGCUCAAGGACAUUCAGAGACUUGUCCCGAAGCUACUCCUGCGUUGUCUUGGCUGUGUGCUUAGGGUUGUUGCCCUGUUGGAAGGUGACCCUUCGCCCCAGUCUGAGGUCCUGAGCGCUCAAGGAUGAUCAAUGGAAACAGGAUGCACCUGAGCUCAAAUUGAGUCUUAUAGCAAAGGGUCUGAAUACUUAUGUAAAUAAGGUUUUAAAUUUGUAAUAAAUUUGCAAAAAAAACUG